AUGCCUGCGGCCGAGGACUCGCGAUCGGACCCUCCACUGUCAGAUACGCUGUCGGCCAGGUCAUACCUUGAGCUGGGAGGAUUACGAGUAUCGCACGAGGCAGACACCCCGACGCCUGACAGUCUCCAAGAGACCACUGCGACUCUACCGAGUGUCCAGCCAGUAUCCGUCGAGGGCAAGUCUGGCCCCCGAUCCCCAACCCAGAAACCCCUGGGCUCGGAGAAGACCGUCAAGGCUGGAGACCCGCCAGCGGGUCUCCCGCGCAAACGAGGUCGCCCGAGACUGGAGACGACAAAGAAUGCAGCGGCUGUCGAGGAACGGCGUCUUCAAAUCCGUCGGGCGCAACGCACGUACCGCCAGAAGAAAGAGGCUACCAUCCAGACGCUCAAGACGCGCGUAGAAGUCCUGGAGCAGACCCUGCAGAAUGUCUCUGACUUGAUGGGUCCCGAGCCCGACGCUGACACUCGUAGCAGCAGCCACGCCCUUGCGCGGAGAGCGGAUUUGGAUUUCGUGCGCACGAGAAAGCUCGUGCUUGCGGAAAUUGAUCGUGCGCGAUCUUCCUCGGGAGAGCAGAGUCCGCAGAAUGGACACAGUCCAGAGACUCUGCGCGAUAUUUUCGGGUAUCAUAUUUCUGAUACUGGCAAGAUGGCUGAAGAUACAGAGAUGCCAGACCUGACACUAUCACAUCGUCAAGAUCACAAAUAUCCCCGUCCCCGAUCUCCGUCUCCUCUCAUCAACCGUCUCUUCCCCACAACCACCAUCUUCACCUAUAGCUACCAGGAAUCCGAUCUCUCGCGCCGCCUCCAGCGCUUCUGUCUGGAACAUACAUACCGCUGGCUCACAGACCCAUACUCCAGCCCAGAACUCAUGAGCCGAGUUUUCGGCCUGUUCCCCUGCAUUCACGACAUGCCCGGUGUACGCCGUAACUUCCGGCGCGUGCUGCAUUCUGAAAUUGGCGGGCCCCUCGAAGUGAACAAGCUCCCCUUCUAUAAGCUUGGGGGCGCAGGUACACAUUAUCCACGGAGGGGAGUAAACGGACAGCCCAUCUACCCAGAACAACUGCGACGACCGGGGAAGAUCCUACGACGGCUAGCGAGGAUUCUGCGGCGCGGCGGAAUUCAAGACUGGGAUGAAGACUGGAGUGGGGAUGUGGAGCCUGGUCGUGGCGGAGAGGGAGAUGGCGAGGACAUGAGCGAAGAAGAUCGACUGCGCGCGUUAAAUCUCGAUGGGGAGUGGUUUGAUUGCCAUGAUGUGCAGGGCUACCUGGAACACCGGGGCGUUUCAUUAGACAGCUCGACGAUGUGGUUGGAAGUUCCGCCGUCGACCGUGGGAAUACUGUAUGGAUUCUCGCCGGAUUAUUCUGCGUCGCAGUAUUAUGUCUCUCCGGGCGAGCUUUCCUCGAGUGACAUGAGUGGAACGCAGUAUUUGGGACAGUCCAGCUAUGUCUUGGAUCUAGAAUCGUUUUUUGAUCGUGAGUUGCGUCAUUUCGUCGAUCCUCAAGACAAGCUAACGCCAUCGCCAGUCCUACUGGCCAAUCUCCGCAUUCUGGGCCGAGCCCCAGGGUUUCGAUUGUGGGAUGUUGAUGCGGCUCUUCGGGUGUCCAUUCGCCGGCGGCCGCUUGGCUAA